UUGAGCCAGUUACAGAGAAGCUGCUGAUGCUGUGAUGUGUGUGUGUGUGUGUGUGUGUGAUUUACCAGAUUAAUGGAUGUAAACAGAGGAUACAGUAUUCACGUCUCACUCAGGAUCACGUCACUCACAUGGGCUCUGUUUCACUUUCUUUCUUAAAAUGUCGCGUUUCCCUUUAAUGAGAGUUUAGCUAACAGAGCUAGCUAACGUGCUACAGUGAGUCUCACUCCUCAGGAAAAGGAGACGAGAGAGGAAACUUACCAUGAAUCCUGAGGCUUCCACUUCUACACAUGAACAAGCAACGUGGCGUGAAGGUGACACUUGUCUGGCUCCGAACCCAAAGGACGGCACUAUUCAAGAAGCGACCAUCCAGAGACUGACCUCCACCUUUCAUAGUAAUGACACAGCGUGGGUGAUAUUUGCUGACCAUAAUAAAGAUGCAGAGAAGGAGGAAGAAGAGGAGGAGGAGGAGGGGGAAGCCAUACCCGUCUCAAAACUCACAAGACCAGACUUAAGUGAAUUCACUCAGGAGAAACCAUUGUUUCCCAGCAUCGUCACAGAACCCAGGCUUUGUGUUCCGUUAGAGCUUAGCAAUGUUGAUGGAGACAGGGUCCCUUACACCAUCAACAGAUACCUGAGGGAUUACCAGAGGGAAGGUAUCAGGUUUAUUUACAACAGCUACAUCCGCUCCAGUGGAUGUAUCCUGGGGGACGACAUGGGCCUCGGAAAGACUGUGCAGGUUAUUGGUUUUCUUGCUGCUCUGCUGCACAAAACUGGCACAUGGGAGGACACGAAGAAGAACAGACCUCAGUUUCUGCAGAGUCAGAUCCCAUCCAAGCAAAGUAAACCAAACAAAGUGUUCCUCAUUGUGGCCCCGCUGUCGGUGCUUUAUAACUGGAAGGACGAGCUGGAAGCAUGGGGUCAUUUCCAGUUUGUGGUGGUGCACGGGCUGAGGAAAGAGGAGGAACUGGCUCGCAUUAGGAAGGGACGCAUUGAAAUUGCUCUCACCACAUAUGAGACUCUGCGCCUUAGUCUGGAUCAGUUUAAUAACAUCGACUGGUCUGCUGUGGUUGUGGAUGAGGCCCACAAGAUAAAGAAUCCAAAGUCUCAAAUCACUCAGGCCAUGAAGGAGCUGAAAUGUAAGGUCAGAAUCGGUCUCACUGGCACCAUCUUACAGAACAACCUUGAGGAGCUGUGGUGUGUCAUGGACUGGGCCAUACCUGGUUGUCUUGGCAACUUAGGACAUUUCAAGAACAAGUUUUCAGAUCCGAUCGAGCAAGGCCAGAGGCACAGCGCAACCAAGCGUGCCCUCGCAACGGGGAGGAAGACUGUAAGAGCACUGGUGAGGAAGAUAUCUCAUUGGUUCCUCAGGAGGACAAAAUCUAUCAUCAAAGAACAGCUACCUAAGAAGAAUGACAGGGUGGUUUAUUGCUCUCUGACAGACUUUCAGCAAACCGUGUAUCAGACGGUGCUGGAUACUGAAGAUGUCACGCUACUGUUGAGGGCUUCAGAGAAAUGUGACUGUCAGAGUGGACGCACCCGCAGAAGAUGCUGCUAUGAGAAAAACUCUGAAGGUGUUCCAUUGAAGAAUCUCUACUUUAGUUACAUGGCCAUAUUGAGGAAGGUUGCAAACCAUGUCGCGCUGCUUCAGUCCACUGCAGGAACCAGUAAGAAACAGGAAAAAUAUUUGAGUGCAAUCUGUCAGAAGGUUUUCCAAAAGUUUCCCGACUUUGUGCAAAGAUGCAAGGAUGAAGCAUUUGAGGCGUUGUCGGACCCGAUGUACAGUGGAAAAAUGAAGGUUUUGCAGAAGCUGCUCAAAUAUCAUCAGCUCAGGAGAGAUAAAGUUCUUCUCUUCUCUCUCUCAACUAAGCUGUUGGAUAUCCUUGAAAGCUACUGCAUGGCAGAGGGGCUGGACUACAGCCGACUGGACGGAACCACCAAGCCUAAAGAGAGAGUUCAGAUUGUCAAGGAAUUCAACAGCUCGUCUAACAUCAACGUCUGCCUGGUCUCCACCAUGGCCGGUGGUCUUGGCCUUAAUUUUGUAGGGGCCAAUGUCGUAGUUUUAUUCGACCCAACCUGGAACCCAGCAAAUGACCUUCAGGCUAUUGACAGGGCGUAUCGUAUUGGCCAGUGGAGGGACGUGACUGUGUUCAGGUUGAUCUCAUUGGGCACGGUAGAGGAGGUUAUCUACCUCAGACAAGUUUACAAACAGCAAUUGCAGUCCUCAGUUGUUGGCAAGGAGAGCUCCAGGCGGUAUUUCGAGGCAGUGCAGGGGCAUGGCGUCCAUAGGGGGGAGCUGUUUGGGAUCAAAAACCUCUUCAGGCUUCAGACCCAAGGGACGUGUCUCACCCGCAAGAUACUGGAGCGAGAAGGACAAGUGGAGGCUGGAGUAAUGACCACCAGCACACACACAGGCGAAGAGAAGGAGGAGGGCAGGAAUGGAGUUGGCGAACCUGGAGAUCAUCUGCCUACGGAGGGCCCUUUACCGAAUGACAAACCAGUCAAGGAGAACACAGAUGCCUCAAACAUUCCCAGAGGGGUGCUGGACUUUAGCAGUGGGAGUGAAGAGGACGAGGAUGAGCACAGGUUUAAGAGGAAGGCCUCAAACCCAAGUGGAGUGGAUGGCAACAGAAGCGGAAAUGCUACCGCUGGCCCUGGUCAAAUGAAUCUCAGCCAGUACGGUUUCUCCAGACUCCUCGAAAGGGUCAAAGGACGACCAGAGUCAGGUGAAGGUAGUUCUGGUGCUGAAGAAAGCCUCUCUGACACAGAUGCUGGGGAUCAUGGGGAAUUAGGAAAGCAUGAGUGUACCUCCUCUGGCAAGAGCUCCACUACAGGGAGUGGUGCAGUCUGUCUCCCAAAAUUGGGAACAAAAACCUGGGACAUCUCCAGUGAUUCAGACAAAAACAGAAGUGAUGGUGCUGGGAGGAGAGAGGAGAGGGUUUCUCUCUUGAAAGAGAGUGAUGAUGCUGUAAAAAAGAAACAAGGGAUGAAAGGGUGGACAAAUAAGAAAGUUGCAGUAGAUUGGGAGAGUGAUAAAUCGUCCUCACCAGACAAAAAGGCCAACAAGCUUAAAACUACAGCUCCCACAGUGCACUGUAUUAAGGGUUACUCUGAUGAAUCUGAGGAUUUCGACCUAGAGGAAAGCACAGGGCCUAAGAAGGACGCUUCAAAUUCACACAGAGGUCAAGAAAGAGAGAAAAGAACUGACUGUAACAGAAAGAGGCAAAUGACUAGUGCAAGAAACAAGGCCAGAUCCAAAUACACAGAAUUCAUAGAGACCUACACAUCUUCAGAGGAUGAACACACUCCUGUUAAGAAAGGGAAGCCGACGGGAAGUCACUUCACCUCUCUGCAGGCGCAGCGACACAGAGUUGACGUGUCUAAAGACGGGCGAAGAGCAGGAACAACAAAGACGAGGAGAAGUCAGACAUCUAGAGAAUCCAAAGGAACCAUCGAUAGUGUGCUCGGAGGUGUACAGGAGGUGGUGUACACCCACUCCAACCAGCGUGUGGUGGGUGGGAGCAAAGCAGAGGAGCUGAUCAGCAGAGCCGCUGUCCGAGACGUGUUUGAACUCAAGAUGUACUCCCAGCUCCCGGCCAAUCAGCUUCUAGGCAGCCUGGAGGGCCUGUCAGAAAGCCCACCAGACAGUCUGCCCCAUCCUGCUGUUGUCAGGCCGGUGAAGCCCACCCCGGACCAUCCAGUCACCUUCACCAGCAAGAGUGUGCACCACACCGGACACACCACCUUCAUCAUCGGGGAGACUCCUCAGGCCAUACGCAGGCAGCACCUGCAGGAAAUGGCAGAAAAAUUCAAAUUUCCCUCUGUUCAUCACUUUGUUGAGGAGAUUCUGAGAAGAAACUCAGCCCAGAGAGUGUCCUGGCUACGACAGCAUUACACCUCACUGAACCAGCCUGACCUGGCCUGUACAGUCAGGAACAACUUCCCACAGCCGGAUUCAGCACAGACCUCCACUUACGCUGCUAUGUCCUCAACAUCCACCAAAACAGCUCAUACAAAAUCUCACACUGAGAGCAGCACCCCACAAGAGGAUGUUCCAAAAGCCACAAAAAAGCCUAAAAACACCAAGAAGAAUCUGGAACACAGAACUAAGCCCGUGCCACAAAAAGGGUCUAGAAUUCUACAAAAUCAUGCUCCAGAACCCCACACAAACUCUAAAAACCCACAGAAUGAUGUUCUUAAGCCCUGGAAAAAGCCAAAGAUCUCACAAAAGAAUGUUCUAGAACCUCUAAGUAACGUUCCAAGCCCUGAGUCAGAGGAGCAGGAGGAGACGGCCUGCAGUGCCAGAGGACACGGGAGGACAAAGAGGGGUAGUGUUUCCAGUUCUGGAGCUCACAGAGCUGGUGGUGGUCUUGGCGUGGAUCGGGCCGGCAGCAGUGGUCUGGGGUCUGGGAAGCCUGCUGCUUUCCUGAACCACACAGACAGAGAUACCCCUUCUUCUCCGGACCUCAGCCAUGGCAGGUCCGCCAUGUUAUCCAAACCCACAGCACAGGGAAGGGAGCGGGAGAAGGAGUCGUCCUCCAGGAUGAGAGGAACUUUUCAAGGACAGAGUGAAAACUCUCAGACCUCUUCCCCUCCUCCUGAACAGGCCCCUUCUACCUCAAGCAAUCGCUCCUUCCUCACAGAUCUGAUAGGAGACACCUCAAUCCUGGAUGAUUUGUUUAAACCCAAAGCCAGGGGUGCACAACAGAGGAGCACCCCCAAAACACCCCCGACUCUCUUGGGGUCAGUAAACACGUGUCUCACCACACCUUCUCCAUCCAGAAUCACUCUCAACACAGAUUCUGGUUCAGCAGACUCUCUGUCCUCUCUGAAUUCUCGUAAACCGACUACACACCGGCUCAAGACACCAGUGCAGCCAGUAAAGAGCAGCCGCAAAGACUUCUGGGACAUUGUGAACGAGGGUAACGAGGAGAGCAUCAACAGGUUAACAGAUCCGGCAGAGGUGCAGAGAGUCUGUGUCAACACUAACUUUUCUGCUAGAAGUAGAAACAGGUCUAAAGAAGAGCAGGAGAGGAAGAGUCUCUGGAAGACGAAUGAGAAGUUUCUGUGGAAGAAAUAAGACAGAAAAGACAUUUUAGUUUGAGCUCUCCACUUAUUUUAUUAUUUUAAACUUAAAUUUCUUUUAUACAUUUUUUAAAAUGUCUCUUUUAUUUACUCAAUUGAAAAUAUCAAGUUUUCACUACAUUUCUUUUGAGUUACUGAGAUAAUGUUUAUUGGAAUACACAGGGCGUUAAUCCCUUUAUGAAUUUAAACUUCUGUGUAUAAUGAAAAUAUGAACUUCACCAAGGACAUUAUGUUUUCACCUCUGUUCAUUUUGUUGUUGUUGGUUUCUACAUUUGUUUGUAAACCAGAUUAACCACCAAACAUGGUGGAAAGAAUGUGGAAUGGGUUGGGGAAGAACUCAUUAAAUUUUGGUCUGGAUUCAAGAUUUCAAAUUCACUUUGUUUAACAUUGUGAGAUUGGAAAAUUGUCCAAGAUUUUUACCUAUUUCCCAGGGAAUAAUUCCUGGAUCUUGAUGGGAAUAAUCAUGUUUAGAGAACUGAUGAGUGUGUGGAAUCUGGUGCAGCUUGAUUGAAUUAAACACACAAACCAGGUGGAUGCCUAA